AGGGAAUUUGAAAUUGAAAGCGAGUUCAGUUAAGAGACGAUUGAGCUGCGCUCUAGACGUCAGCUUAAAAUGGAAAACCCAGCGGAAAGCGACUAUUAGGGUAAAAACCACAGAAUUCCAACUCCUCCUCCUAUUCCACAAACAUCGCAGAUAGCUCAGUCUUCCCUCGACAGUUUGUGAGUCGUGCAAAUUGCCACAAGUGUCGGAAGAAAGACGCCCAGCGUUCUUUGAGUUAUGAAGGACUACCAGAGAUGGAUUGCCGAUAGAGGAUGUGUCAUAAGAUACUGCGAAGAAUGUUCGCUCAAAAUUCGCUGCAAAGUCGAAACGAUGGAGCAAAAAACAUAAAAACUGAUAUUUGAAAUGUACGCAGUUAUCACAUUAUUAAAUUCAUUCGAAUGCAAACUGUGUUGCAGUUUAAAACUGAUAAAGGAGUGUAUAAGUGUAUAUAUGUAGUAAUUUUGAAUUGCUCUGAUUAUGUGUAUGUUGCGUUGACUUCAAGAGAAUUCCAUGAGUCACCCAACUGCAACAUGCAACCGGCAGUCGAACUGAAUUGCACCGCGAAUAGAUAGUUGAAGCUUGGAGCUCCCAGUGAAAUGUCGACAGAUUCCAGCUGUCCCAACUGCGAUUCGCAUUCCAUGGUGAGGAGGAAUCGCCUGGCUAUCUCCCGAUUCAAGAAGAUUAAGAUGGAUUUAAGUGCCCUGUGCUGCGGUCGUCGAUAUUGUGGAGUCGGCAUUUACGAAUACUACUACAAAUGCAGUUCCUGUGGCUGGAAAGGCGAUCCUAACCGAUCCCACUAACAUGGCAUACGAAUCUCAUUCAGAAAUAAAAAGUAAAUCGAUUUCAAUGAAAUUUAUAGUCAGCUGUUGCAUUUCUGUUUACCACAAAGUGAAAAUGCAAUAUAUACAAAAGCUUUCGAGCUUUUGAAAUGCACUUUACAAAAUUCCAAAGCAGUGGAAUAAGUUCUAAAAAAUUAAAUACGUAUUUAUUUUCCCAGAUGUCUGGGAGAUUUCUUAUAAAAAUUUCUUAUAAUUAUUUCGCUUCCUAAAGUCAUGUAUCCAUAUUAAAGUUCACGUUUUAAUGAUUUAGAAAUAAUUAUAAAUUACAAUAACAAUCAUAAUUUACACCCAAAAUACUUAAUGGAGGCCGCCUAAUUGUAAAUCCAAAAAUGAAUGAGCUCGGUUUAUAAAAAUAAUUUAAGAUACAAA